UAAGCAUUGCACGCUUUCGGAGGGAAAGGAGAUUGGGGGCCUGGGAAAACUUAUAACCUAUUUUACAGGCCUGGGAAUAGUAGCACAGCACAUAAGUAAAUGAAGCAACCAGAAAGAGUGGCAUCUUUAUUUCCCUCCAAGGUUGCCAUGCACCUUUGAAAGCAGAGGGGUCCUGAUGCAGAUGAAAAAGAAGUGGCAAGACUGUUAAUAGAUAAAAGGAUGACUGGUACAAUACUUGGAGUUGGGCCUGGAGUAUUCAUUUUGGCUCUGGUAUGGGUCUUGGCUUUACUGCUGUGCAUGUUGUUAUCCAGAGCUUCUGGACUCGCUAGGUUUUCAGUCAUUCUGGUUUUCUUUGCUGCUGUGAUCAUCACUUUAACCUUGUUGCUUUUUCCUCGUGCCAGCAAGUUUCCAGCACCAGCUACUGAAAUUAAGAUUGUAGACACCUUCUUCAUUGGUCGCUUCAUCCUGCUCUCCAUUUUAAGCGUGGUUUUCCUGGGAUGCUUGUUUUUGCUUCUGACUCACCACCUUCUGCAACCUGUGUACGCCAAACCAAUGAGAUCCAGCACCUAAAAUAAUUGGCUGCUACUCUUUGAUGGUACUUGGCCAUAAGAACAUUUCCCAUUCCUGUGACUGAAGACACAAGAUUUAAUUCCAUUAAUCAGAAUGUAUUGUUCACAGAUGCUUAAAAUAUACAACAUUUGUAUAAUAUGGUAUCUUGAGUUUUUCAAGAUAUGAGAAGUUUCAAAUACAGUAGAAUAAGUACAACCAAAUGUAACAUGCGUUCUAAGUUUUUCCUUUUGUUUUCUACCUUCAGUUAACUGAAAACGUAUUUGUACAAAGAUGUGUUUGAAUAACAGUUCAGAUAAUGCUGAUUGAAUCUCACACAAUAUCUGUUGUAGUAUUGGUAACUGCCCUUUUGCCAGAGCAGUAUAUUAAAUAAAUAAAAAUGCAUUCACAUUAAAUGAUUAAACGUCAAUCUGGUUUGUAACCAGUUUGUUUUC